AUGAACGCACCGAUCCAGUCUCCCAAGCGCCAGGACUCCACGUCCUCGGUAUCGUCGUCCUCCUCGCACAUGUCCACGAACCAGAUGGUCCCGCCGCCCCAGGCCACCGGCCAGGCCGCCCCGUCGACCGAGGCAUUCCUCCGCGACUUCACCCUCGUCGCCGAGGCCGCGAAACGCGCUCAAAUGGCCGUCAUGAUGCGCGACUUUGAGUCCUGCGGCCUGUCAUAG